AUGGGCGGAUCGAUAGUGGGCAGCGACGGGUAUAUAAGCUGCUCGGUCGCCGUAGAACCUCAUUCGCCUCUCCUCUUCAAUAGCGCGAUACCGCCGAAGAAGGUUGUGAACAUGACUAUGACUGAUCCAAAUCCUUCUAUACUAUUGGUUCCGAAUCAAACGUUGAGUAGAGACUGUAAGGUGAAUCUAUGUCAAGAUAAGAGAUACGCUUAGCGGGCACUCUUUCUCAAUCAAUCACCCUCUCAUCAUCUAAGUGUAGGACGUUGGGCGAUAAGGUUCGCCCUGGUACCCGUCAUGACUACUGAUGAUUCGAAAGAUGAGUAGAGAUGUCCGCAAAGGCUUCAGUUCACCUUCAAACCUGCUGGCUAUCCCCUGAUGAAGAAAAUUUUUCACGCUUCAUAUGUAGGAAACGAAAAUUGUGAGAAGAGCAUAUUGUAGGUAUGAUAGUGGAAGAAAAAUGGAUAAAUGAUAAUGUAUAACCGGUAAAAAAAGAGAAAGUAUUAUUUUUUGAGUGCAUGAGAAACAUUGUCUCUCAUUGAAGGUUAAUUAUUAAAAAAUAAAUAAGAUUUGGAUA